AAUUUAUCAGAAAACGCCAUAAACGUCUCAUGGAUCGAGGAAAAGAAGAAGCUUUUGGUUAAACAAACAAACAAAGAUCAAACGAUGGAAUGGAAUGGCGUAGAAGAAGAUCGUAAAGUUGUUACAAUAUCUUCCAAUCAGCUCUGAAAUCACAUAAAGCAAACCCUACUUUGAAUGAGGAAGAAAACUCUUUCAAACAUUUCACCACACCUCCCAGUAACGUCCAUCUCUCCCCUUCCUUCUCUAUCUACACAUCUCUCUCUUAUAUAUAUAUAUAUAUGCGGAUUUCAUAUUUUCAGAUUUGUAAAUUGUAAUUAGCUUUUGAAAUUUCUCCUCCCUCUCUCUCUCUAUCUAUCUAUAUAUAUAUAUUGUAUAUAUAAAUAUUUAUCUUUUGCUCUGUUUCUCUUUGGUAUUUGAGGAUUUGAUUCUCCAGCUUCAGCUCUCUAUUUAACAUAAGAAGUUUUUCUCAAUUUCUUCUCUCUCAUAGUAUCUAUAUAAUGACUCUUUUUCUCCCCUAGGGUAUCCAGGACUGAUCUGAGAUUCAAUGUUGUAUUCAUCGUUUGAAGUUUCUAUCAUUUUUGUGAUUUUUGUCUCUCUAAUUCAUCCAUGUCUUUUUCUAAUACUGUGCCGAUCAAGCACUAGAAUUUGUUCAUCUUUCUCUUUCUAAACGUUCUCACAUGCAUCAUUUGUAGACCGAAUCAUGCUAGAGCAUGCAUUUCCAUGAUCUGAUCUUCAUUCAAACGAUUCUGUAAUUCCAGAUCUCGAGCUUCUAUCAGCCAUGACAGAAGUCUAGGGUUUCUUUUUGGCUCUUUCAGGUUUAUAACUUUUAUCACCAUGGCUCUUAUUUAAGUGUUUACGUUGUGUCGGUCUAUUGCAUUGCCAUGUUGAAGCAAUUUCUCAGUAAACUUCCUCGGAAGUUGUCGAAAUCCGAGUCCGUUGAUUCGAGAAAUUGUUCUCCCAAUGAUUCGUCUUCUUUCCGUGGUGGUGGUAUUCAACGAACAAGCAGCGGUACAAUGGUUCCGGGCCGUCCCAAUGCGGUUAAAAAAAUGUCAUCAGCAGUGUUUCCGGCGAGUGUUGUUGCUGGAAUUGAGCCUCUCUUAGCAUUCAGAGAUGUUCCGAGUUCAGAGAGGAUGACUCUCUUUAUCAGUAAGUUGAGUCUCUGCUGUGUGGUUUUUGACUUCAAUGACCUAAGUAAGAAUACAGUAGAGAAAGAUCUUAAACGUGUGACAUUGAUAGAGCUUACUCAAUUUGUUGCUUCUGGACCCCCGAGAUUUACAGAACCUGCCAUUUUAGCAAUGUGUAGAAUGUGUGCUAGUAAUUUGUUUAGGGAUUUCCCUCCCAGGUAUAAAUUGGACCUUAGUGGGAGUGAAAAUGACGACGAUGAACCAAUAUUUGAUCCUGCAUGGUUCCAUUUACAAAUCGUUUAUGAUCUACUGCUUAAUUUUAUAGCUUCUAAUUCGCUAGAAGCAAAGGUAGGGAAAAAAUAUAUAAAUCAUUCCUUUAUUUUGAGGUUGCUUGACCUAUUUGAUUCUGAGGAUCCAAGAGAGAGAGAAUGUCUGAAAACUAUUCUGCAUAGGAUUUAUGGAAAGUUCAUGGUUCAUAGGCGUUUUAUCCGGAGGAACGUAAGCAAUAUCUUUUAUCGCUUUGUGUUUGAAAACGAUCGACAUAAUGGAAUUGCUGAGUUGUUGGAGGUUUUUGGGAGUGUAAUCCCUGGGUUUGCAUUUCCUUUAAAGGAGGAACACAAGACCUUUUUGUUGAAGGCUUUGGUACCUUUGCACAAGCCAAAAUCCUUGGGAAUUUACUUUCAACAGUUAUCAUAUUGUAUUGCACAGUUUUUAGAGAAGGAGCCCAAGUUAACAAGCUCUGUGAUAAUGGGAUUGUUGAAAUACUGGCCAAUUACAAACAGCCAGAAGGAGGUAAUGUUUCUGAGUGAGUUAGAAGAGAUUCUGGAAGCAAUUAACAUGGGGGAGUUCCAAAAGGUCAUGGUUCCAUUAUUUUGGCGGAUCAGAUGCUGCAUCACCAGCUUUCACUUUCAGGUGGCUGAGAGGGCACUGUUCUUUUGGAACAAUGACCAAAUUGUAAGCCUGAUUGCACAUAACCGACAUUGCAUCCUCCCAAUCAUAUUCCCAGCCCUUGAAAAGAAUGCCCAGAGUCAUUGGAAUCCCGCAGUGCUCAACUCGACCCUCAAUGUGAGAAAGAUGUUUGUGGAGAUGGAUGAUGCUCUGUUCCUGGCCUGCCAUUCCCAUUUCAGGGAAGAACAAGCAAGGCUAAGCUUGGAAGAAGCGGAGCGGAAGGAAGCAUGGAAGCACCUAGAGAAUGCAGCAAGUAGGCACCCAAUAGCCGGAAACACAGCUGUCCUGGUAACUCGUCGUUAGCAACCUCAAGUGGCAUUUUAGUAUUGUGCUUGUCCACAUGUUUCCUCUUUCUUAUUUACCUCUUUUCGGUGGAGGGAAAACCAGAAGAGAUGUACGGGUUUGGAUCUCGUCUCGGGAUAGCAUUUUCUGGUGAUAGCCUGUUGUAACCUCUUUGAUUCUAUAUUUCUCAUCUUUUUUAGAAUAUGAAGUGUUAAUUUGCUUCAGUGGAAAGGUUGUCCGAAGGGCCUUGUAGCGGAUUACGUAAACUAGCAUCUUUUAUCAGCUGGCUAGUGUCUCUCUCUCUCUCUCUCUUUGUGUGUGUGUGUAUAUAUAUAUAUAUUAUAUUUAUGUGUGUAACA